AUGGAAAGUGAUCCUUCCGUCAUUGGAGAAGCCCGAAUACUGUUCUCAUUGUGUGACCCAGAUGACCGGGGCUUCAUAACACGACAAGAUUUCGAUAGAGUGAAGGAACACCUACCCUUGGAAGACGACCAGCUGGAUGCUAUAUUCGAUGUCCUUGACGAGAACAAUGAGGGAUGUGUGACAUCUGAGGUGUUUCUGAAAGGCUUUGGUCAGUUCUUCUCGAAAAACAGAGAGGACAGGGGCGUUGAAAUAAGUGGGUCAUCCGGACAGGAUUCAGACGAGGAGAAUCACAAACAUGCUCUUAAAGCAGUCGGUGCGGACGUACUGCUCAAGGACUACGAGCAGAUAUCACGCAUAUGGAAGCAGCUAAAACGGGACAACCCGCCACUUCUAUCGGACUUUGAAAGAAUGCUCACUGGCAUCGCGAAAGAACUGGAAACUGCAAAAUCGGAGCAUCAAAGUAUGGAUCAAACUAUUCAAAAGUACGUACUUCACAUGCGUAUUUUGCACACCUGGGACACAUCAGGAUCAUGCUCUCAGAAAUUUAUCAACAAAAACUGA